AUGCUGCAGAAAAAGCAGCUUGGCUUCGGAUCGACGUUUCUCUUUUUUAGCCAACCUUUGGGGGAACAGAUCUUGGCACGCCUGCCUGCCCUCGCCUGCUCGAGGCUCCAGCCUGUGGCUUAGAAAGAAGACUCCUCGUCUUCCUCGCCUGUUGCGCUCCUUCGAGGAGGGGCCGGCGCUUGGAUCGGCGGCCAAGGGGGCCAAUGGCACUGCUGCGUCCCUGCCAUGCGGCGCCUUCUUCCGCCCAUCGACAGCCAAGCCGAGACCUCUGCGGCUGCUCCGCCCCUUCUCUCCGCCCGCUGGCUCGUCUCGUUCUUCUGCCGGAGCCACUGCCUCCGCCGUCUCCUUUAAGAGCAGCCUGCGAGCUAUAUAUCCCGCGCCGGAAGCGGAGGAGCGCGUCGGGUUCAUCCUCGCCGAGAAGGUCCCUGUGCCUGGUUCGCGACGGGGAGGAAAAGGAAGAGGAGACCAGCAGCUGCCGCCGCUGCACACUGUGAGCGGCUCCUGCUUAUAGGGAGAGCGCCGGGCUCGACCCGCUGUCAAGGCCGUGAGUAGAUCCACAUUCCCUUGGAACUGCAUGCAGCGUGCUGAAACGAGAGAUCCCUUCUGGCAAUCCGCUAACCCCCCCCUUUUCCCCAGGCGCUGUGAUCCAUUUUGCACCAUCACCAUCCACCCGCCGCCUUUCGGUAUGCUUCUUGUUUUGUGGAACCUGUCGUCGAUCCCCUUCCGACGUUUACUCGGCCUGCCCUUCCUAGUAAUGGUGGCAGCGAAAUAUGGGGGAACCUCCGUAUUCCCAGAGUUUACUGCUUGAGGCUUAUUUUUAAGCCCCUUUCCCAGGAUAGCCAACACAGACACCCCGCCCCCUCCAAAUGUGUUGCACUCUGUUCAUUUCAGGACACGCAAUGCCGAUUCGGGUUUGCUUUCCAUUGAGGGAGCUGAACAUGGAUCGUGGUGUUAUAAAAGCUAACUAAAAAUAUCCUUUUUUUUGAUGUAGUGUACCAUAAAUGAUACCCUCUGUGUGAAAAGGAGUAGUCAAUAGUGCCCUCCCUUAUUCUUUUAAUACUUGCCUGGAAGCCGGUCUUGCUGUUUUUGACUUAUUUUCAAAUACAUGUAGCUUUUGCCACUGAAAUGCAGGUAAAGGGUUACUCGCUGCUCCCACUCCAAGAGCAAGUUUUUGUUAAAGAAGGCAAAGAUAAGUAAGCACAUAAUUUGUUCAGCUUUUGGCAAGUAGUGACAGGCUUCCAUCUUCCCAGAGGAACAGGAAGCUGGCUUAUCUGGAAUCAGGUCAUCCAGAUCAGCACACUAGUAGUUUCUUUCCAGGUUUUUGGGGUGGAGUCUCUCACAACCCUAUCUGGAGCCCCCAGGAACAGAAGCUGGGACCUUCUGAAUGCAAAACAUAUGGGAGCUACAGCCCCUCUCCUCUCCUUUGGGGAAGGUGUGCACAGAUUCUGGUUUUAGGCAUAUCAUAGAGUUCAAAGAAGACCUCAAAAUUCAUCUAGUCAGGCCUUCUGCUAAUACAGGAAAUCUGCUGCUCAUGGGUGGCUGUCCAGCCUCUAACAAAGGAGAGUGUACCACUUUCUUAGGUGGGCUCUUCUGGUGUUGAAGAACUUGUGCAGUUGUGAAGUUUCCCCUAAGAGUCAGACUCCACUUAUGAGUUAUCUGUAACAGCUUUCAUGUACAGUGGUACCUCGGGUUACAGACUCUUCAGAUUACAGACUCCGCUAACCCAGAAAUAGUACCUCAGGUUAAGAACUUUGCUUCAGGAUGAGAACAGAAAUUGCACGGCAGUAGCGGAAGGCCUGAUUAGCUAAAGUGGUGCUUCAGGUUAAGAACAGUUUCAGGUUAAGAAUGGACCUCCAGAACGAAUUAAGUUCUUAACCCGAAGUACCACUGUAUUUGAUUAAUCCACUGGUCAAUGUAGUAAGGAGAUGUUGCAAGGAAGUAGGGGUGUCAAAAUGGUCAAGUGUGAGAAACUAUGUCACCUCUAACACACACCCUUGCUAUCCUUAGAUGUUGUCCCAUCCAAGUCUCUGUCCUGUCCACCUGCAGAAAGUGUUAAGGAUCUCUGGUGAUAAUUGUUUUUUUCUGCAUCCUAUUAUCUUGCCAUGACUAAAACUGUGCCCCGUGAGCUGGUUCACAUGUAGCGCUAAGCCAAAUCAUGACUUGGCACAAAUCGGAGGGUCCCUGGAGAGGGGAUUGUUGCAAACAAAGCCAAGGUUUAGCUUAGGGUGUUGCCCUCACCUGUGUUCAUCAUCACCUUGCUCCUGGCAAACCUUGGCUUGUGGUUUGUCUUAAGUGAAACAAACCAUGAUCCCAGGUUUGGACAACACACUAGGCCAAACCACAGUUUGGCUCACACCAGUGCAGCAACAGCAGGAUGGGAGGAAGAGCAAAGCAGCAAUAAUAUACUCUCUGGGAAACCCCCCCUCCCCCAAUGCUAAACAUAGUUUGACUUGGUGCUAAGUGGGAACCAGCUCACUGCAGCUCUAAAGACCAUCUAAGUGGGGCUUGGGCCUGGAAUAGGACCACUGGUUCUCUCCUUGGCCCUUUCCUUCCAGUGGCCCCUCAUUCCUCUGCCCCACAGCUCCCCAACAAAGGAAGACUUCCUUCUAUCCUGUUCCUUUGCCAAACUAUGACAUUUUGACAGCUUUCAAGUGAUGUAACAGAAUAAAUUAUGUCAAUGAAACACUUAAUGGACACUUGCAUUUUCUUUUAAUUAAUGGAGCAGAUAUUGUGCUGCCUUGACAUAGAAAUGGACCUUCAGACCUUCGGAGCAAUAUUGCAUUUGACUCAGCCAAUUUCACUCCUUCAACUUCUUCUGCUUUCUUUGCCCUGCCAGGUCUUCUUGGUGGUAGAAUGCAACUCAGGGAGGCCAGAUGCUGAGCGCUGCCUCAUGUAGGUGUCCAGUUCCAUCCGUUUUGCCCUACUACGAUGGAUGAGUGGAAGCCCAACCCACUAGCCAAUCCGCGGAAGAAGCGCAGCUGGUACCUGGCCUGGAAGUACAAGCUGACAAAUCAGAGGGCUCUGAGGAGGCUCUGUCAGGUGAGAGAGCAGGUCCCUUGGACUCUUGGUUGUGCUUUGCUUGCUGGAGUAAUGUGCUGCAUCAAGUGCAAUUAGGGUUGGUGUUAUUAUUAAUAGAAGACUGUUGACUUUAAAUGCUUUUGGGUGAUGAGGUCUGCGCUUGAGGAAACCUACGAGUGGAGUGAAGAAGAUAAAGUGAUUCUUUAUAGGUACCAAAGGAUAUCUCUGCAUUGUUUCUAUUAAAAGGGCAGGAUCCUGUGGCAUUUUGAAAGCUAGCUGAUUUUAUUGUAGCAUGAGGUCUUGCUUACAAAAGCCCUGGCCUGUGAAAGCUCAUAUUAUGAUACGUAUUGGUCAAGAAGGUGCCAUGGGAUAGUUCUGUUGCUGAGCUUGUAGCAGACGAGUGCAAUUACCCUUGACCACCUUUCAGCAAAUGGAAAGGGAGUUGCACUUUCUCCCUCCCUCCCCCAUCUAGCUAUAUCUAUACCUAUAAACCAGUGGAUUUACAGUGAUGUUGAUAAAAGUUUUUUUCAGACUGUCAAUUCUGCCUUUUUGCUAGCGGCACUGAAUGUGUUUCAGCUAAAUGCUGCAACAGAAGGAAGAAUGGAAAGAGUAGUUUCCAGAGACAGAUCUUCAUACUGGAUCAUGUCUCUUUGCAAUGUUUCUAUUUUAUUUCUUCCCCCACAUAUUUUUUUAGAUGCACUGCUUUGCUCCCUGUUCUCUGUAGCGCAGCUUUUUCAAGAGAUCUGUUUAUGCAACAGAAGGUUGCUACUAAGUUGCCCCCCCAAAGGACAAUCUUGUGACAAUUUGAGGAGGAAAAUAUUUUUGCAAAUUUUUAAUGUACUGAGACGUAGAACCCGAAGCGAAAGGUGGCAAAGAGUUACAGCAAGGACAGUAAACAAAGGUGGGGGGAUAAGCCUGGAGGAAAGAAGCUGAUAACUUCUAGGGAGAUGCUGAGGCUCAAGGCUACCUGAAAGGAGUUUGUGGUGCAUAUGGAAGUUUUGAAAGCCUUUUCAGUGCUACUUCUUUAUAUGCUGUUGUUAAGCAUUGAAAGCACAGCCCUUGCUUCCUAAUCACAGGUGACUAAGGAUGGGGUGGGGUUGAAUGGUAAAAGAGAUGCAUUCUGUUGAGUCUCCAAAAUACUGAGUGAGAACUGCAACAAAAUAUUGCAGCAUGGAAUACUUCAGCCAUAGUUGCUUCCAUUAUAUUCCACUCCAUUCCCCACCCCAGAAGUCAGUCAGCGCUCUGUAGCCACUGAACAUGGUCAAUCUUAACUGGACUCUUUUGCAGGGCUCCCCCUUAAUUUUUCUUUCUAAAUAAUUUUUGAACUUCUGCAAACCAUAGGCUUGUCCUCAAGCAUGUUCAUACCUCCCCUCUUGUGCACAGAGAGUGCAGUUUUGCAUAUCUAGGGAUCCACACUUGGAGAAUGAGCUCCGUAUUAUAAGCUUGUAAUAAUCAACGUCUAUGGCAUCUUGUAGUGCUUCAUAAGCAAGAGAGAGGUGCCUGCCCCAAAGGAGCUUACAAUCUUAACUUGAAAAGUGGGGAGAGGACUGGAGAAAAUAGCGUGGAGAGGGACAUAAAUAUGGGCAAAUGGAGGUCACCCAUAUUUUCAGGAAAAAUUUCCAGUGUUAUUAUUUUUCCUCAGAAAAUGUUUCCUAAAUUCAGUAAAAUAAGCAUGCUAAAACAGAUGACCCUCUAGGGCAUCAGAAAAUUAUCAAAUCCAAAUUAUCCUACACAUAAUUCACCGAGGAAUUGUUUUUUGGAAGAUGCACAUCAUAAAAUGUGCUAAAACUGGGGAUGAGGAUUAAGGGGGCCACAUGGGAAGUGUGGACUUUGAGGAGGCAUUUGAAGGGAGAGAGUGAGUUAGCACUGCAUGCAAGUUCAGCAAUGGAGAGCAAUGACCUCAAAAACACUUACUGAAAUUUUCAAGUGUUCUUGUUUCAAGAAUUGCGCAACCUUCCAGCAGCCUUCAAGAAACGUGACAUUGCAAUAGGCAGAGAGGCAUAGCAAAUGUGUUCCAAUAUCUUUUCUGGAUCCCAUGUCUCCAAACAGCAAGCUUAAUACAAAGCUGUCAGUGUUGAGGGGAAAGCUGACACCUUAAUUGCACACAGACAGGGCUCUUCAGGUUCGGGUUCCCAUAGAAACCCAUGUUGCCCUGUAUUCCUGCAUCAUCGGGGAAUUGUUCAUCAUGGCACCCGCUGUGGCAAUAGGCAAUACUCUGUCAGCCACAGUUCCAUAACAACGUAAUGGAGGCAGUGGCGUUGGGCCUCCUCAAAGGGAUAUCUAAAAAUUGAAGGACCUGUCACUGACUGUUGAACAAUCUGAGUCUUGGUAUGGGAAAGUUGCUGUGUUCUGAAAACCUUUUGCUGUGUCCUGCAGGAGAUUAGCAGAGUUAGAGGCUAUGUAAGCAUCUGAAUUAUGGGUCUUGUGGUUAGUGUAUCUUCUGGGAUGUUUUACCUAUAAGGAAAGAGACAGCUGAAAUUCUGCACUUCUAAGAGACACUAAAACUUGCAGCUAUGGCAACCUCAGUUUCCAUAAGUUAAAUCAUAUUUGCAAAUGAGGCUGUACUGAAUACACUUAAAUCUUACUGCCUGCCAUGUGCUCCAGAGGAUCACCGGGGCAAAUUGGAGUGGUGGUGCAGAGACUGCAGAAGAGGGGAGAGGGAUGGGAAGUCCCAUUCAUACAAGCUAACAUCCGUUGCACAAGAAUGCUGCUUCAGUUGGAUAUGGUCUAGGAAGCUGAAGCAAAGUUUAUUUGCAAAAACUUGUGUGGCAAAUGCUGCAUAGCUCUGAGAACCUUUUCCAGGCCAAGGGGUUCUCUUUGCUGUCCUCUCCCUUUGGAGAGUUGGAGUCCUACAUCAUCUGGAGGUUCCCCAUUCUUGAUUUGGGGCUUUAUCUUUGUGAAUAUAGGGUGGCAUAAUUAUUAACUAUUUCUUAUGGAUAUAUCACAUAUUACUGCAUAAAUCAGCUUUCCAAGUUGUGCAAGCUUUUGGUUCAGGGGCAAUAGGCGAGCAGGGGCUACACAUUUUAUUUUUAAAAAAUAAUUAGUAUUUCUUGAAUAUUUUCUUGAGUUGCAAGACAAAUAAAAAAGGAAAAGUACAUAUAGCACCUGCACUUUCAGUUCAUAGCAUUUUUUACAGUUCAGUAUGAGACACUAAUGUCAUAGAAAUCUUUCAGUUGCGGGGAAAGAAAGGGGAGAGAAAGAGGGAGGGGGAGAGAUUUGGGCAUUAUUUUUUCAUUCUGUUGCAUAGUGUUAGUGUAGGCAUUUGUGUCAUCAUCACAGGGGUAGGUCCUUUAUUUUACACAUUUAUUCAUAUUCAUUGGCAUUGCAACCGCUUUGCAACAAUUUGUGGAGACAAAGUGAGUCCAGAUUCCUUCCAAGCAGCUGGUUUUCACUGACCUGAAAUCUGAUGUCACUUAUGUCAAUCUAAUGUCAACAGCAAGUCAACUUGAUAUUGGAGAAUGGCCAUCUGAUAUUAACUACAGAUCAUUGUACGACAGUGCUGCUACACCCUGUGCUUGAAAGCUAAAAACUGCCUGUAAUGACAAUGGAUCAUUUUCAACACCACCCAUUUAAGAGGUGCCAGAUGUUGGGGGUUGGGAGUGUUUGUUUUUUAAUUCUGCUUGAAUGCCUUGCAAAGAGAAUGUUUGUUCAUAAUGAUCUAGCAAUUCAUUGUUACUUGGUGCCCUCUGGCUUAUCUUCCUAGUAUCGUGGGCUAAACCGAGAUUGAGAAUUGUAGUAACAAUAGCUAUUUUUCUUGGAUCAGAGUGAAGAGACUGGCAAUUGCUAAGGAAGCUUCUGUUUGGAAUACAAGGCUAGCAGACAAAUGUUUCUGCAACAAUCAAAAUGUCAGAACAGGCUUUUGUUUUUCUGCUACGUAUUUUGUAGGUACAUUUGAAAUCCUCCUUGCGGCAUGCCACUUGGCCUUGGACUCUGCCGAGUGCAGUUUAUUUAAAGAACUGUGUGCCGCUUGACGAUAUUGCCAUUAUCAAAUGUUGGAAGGCAUGCAGUAUGUGUCACAUGACCCCAAACUGAUUUCCAUCUCCAAAUGCCAGCAACUCAGUUCUAAGGAAUUUAAAUAAUGUCUGGUUACUUUCGGGAGAAAACUGAAUAUAUUUGCACCUUUAUGCAUGGGAAAGGGAAUGUGUAAUUAUGGGUGACAAGCUUUUAAGAAGGUAGGAGGGCCCCCAUUGCCAUAUAAGACACUGUAAAUUUUUUCUGGGGAAAACAACUCCUUUUAGAUGUGAAUGGAAGUAGCAAGUAGAGGUAUAGGUAAAAGGUACAUCAAAAUAAUUCAAGAGCUAUGGUUCUGCUCUUUAGCCAACACUACAUUUUUGCCUUCAUGUCCUGCUAUGCAGGAGAUACUUUUCAAGACAGAAGGACUUCCAAGGCAUCAGAUUAGUAAUACUUAUGGUCUAAUGUUAAUUGCUUUGCAGAUGGGGGCUGUUCUCUUUUUGCUAGUGACUGUGAUUGUGAAUAUAAAGCUGAUAUUGGACACUAGAAGAGCAGCCAACGAAGAGGAGGAAUCUUCUCAGGAUUAUGGUGUGUAUGGAGUGUUGUGUCUAGGUGAUAGCAGUAGAAUGUCCUUUACAGCAGAGGUCAAGCUGGUAUCUCCCCUGCUCAGCAUGCCCUAGCAUGUGAUAUCUCCUGUCCAAUGGGUAGCAUGCAACAUUCCUAGCUACAGUAGUGUUGUUCAUGGUCUGCUGUGGCUUUACAUGAAAAGUCCUUUAAAGUGUAUUCUUCAGCUGGUUUGGAGAGAGAGAGAGAAGAAAUUCCUUAGAGAAAGAUGUAUGGAUGUAAGAGCUUAAUGACACCUUCCAGUUAUUCAGAUCCAUCCAAGGAGACCUCUAAGAACCUCAAACACAUGGUCAAAGCAGACACUUGGAGCAUUUCUGUUAGAUAAUGAAACCUUUAAAUGGAAGGAGAGAAAUAUUCAAGGGACAUCAAGUGGGAGGCUGCCACUAAAUAUCUAGUUUCCCUGAACUUGGGGGUGAAAACAUAUGUUGUAUUAUGCUCCUCUUGGAAUCUAGAUCUUUGGAUUAUAUUUUCUGGGAGUGAGUUGAUUGUGGGGGUUUUUAAAACAGAGUUUAUCAGUAGCUUGAAGUAAAUGGUUUGUUCCCCCUCCCUAGAUGAAGGCUUGCAGAACCCAGAGAUCCCUCGACGACCUGUCAACAGCAGGAAGGUUCUGGAUAUUGAGGUGUACUCCAGCCGCUCCAAAGUCUAUGUGGCAGUGGAUGGGACGACGGUGAGAGACUCUGCUGUAGCUAUAAGGGGAGAUGCAAUAAAUGGGGAAACUGGAAGUUCUCAUAUGCAUGGCUUCAGAGCAAAGGACAGCACCUUUUGAAACGGAGAGGCUCGUUACACUUUGCAGCACAAUCCCACAUGUUGAAGAUGGGGAACCUGUGCUCCUCCAGAUGUUGGUGGACUCUAAAUUCCAUCACCCCUAACCAUUGGCCAUGGUGGAUGCAGCUGAUGGGAGCCGGAAUCCAACAGCAUCUGGAGAGCUGAAUGUUCCCCCAUUCCUGCUGUAUGUGUUUACUUGGAAGUAAAUGCCACUGUGUUUAAGAGGGCUUACUACUUGGUACAUGGAUUUAAGAUUACAGUGCUUACCUACUAUUUCUUUCUGCCGGGGCAGGGAACUAAUGGCUGAUGUUGGACUCAAACGUCCUUCAGCCCCAGCCAGCAUGGUCAGUAGUGAAGCAUGGUGGAAGUUGUAGUCCAAAAUCUGGAUUAUGGGAGGUGCAGUCCAGCAUUAAGCUAACCAUCUCUGUUUUUAUAACUGUAUUUCACCAACCACUGUCGUCUGAUGUGGCAUUUGCACCUCAGCUUUCAAGUUCUUCAGUGUAAAGCAGGCUUCCUCAAACUCAGCCCUCCAGAUGUUUUGAGACUACAAUUCCCAUCAUCCCUGACCACUGGUCCUGCUAGCUAGGGGUCAUGGGAGUUGUAGGCCAAAAACAUCUGGAGGGCCGAGUUUGAGGAAGCCUGGUGUAAAGCUUACUGUAUCUCUUGUCUACACUUUGGGUGGUUUUCCUUAAACAAGAAAUGCGUUGGUAAACUCUUUGGGGCCACAGGACUUCAGCAACUAGUGGGGGAUGUUCCUGCAAGAAAGCUUAUUUGUGCCAAAUGGGUGUGGUGGCAGCUAGAGGGAUAGAGUAUUACUAUAGUUUCUUUUAUCAUAGUACAGGUUUUGGAAGAUGAAGCCCGGGAGCAAGGCAGAGGCAUCCAUGUGAUUGUGUUGAAUCAGGCUACAGUAAGUGAUUAAGCCAUAGAUUGACUUUCUGAAAGAAGCUACUUUGCAUCUCAGAAGCCAGAUGUAUUUACAAUUGUUCGGAAGUGACUGGUUAACUGUAGGGAAGUCGCUGAAAUUAGAAAUAGCUCUGAUUGCAUCAUUGAUUCUGAAGCCUGCUCUUCUAGAGUUGGGACCCAAAUCCCACCCGUUCUCCUUAUCACUGGUGGCAUCCUAGCAGGCAACAGCAUGACGGAAAUCUGCAACAGAGGCCUGCAAGUCACCUGUCUCUUUAACAACCCCACAAUGCCCCGUGUGGCGCUACAUUUGGGCACCAUGGGGAUAUCCAGAAUGGCAGCUUCCUCUCCACCCUCUGCUGCUGCUUGGCAGACUUUAAGCCAAGAAGCAGGGGUUGCCGGGAAAGCCAUGCUCAGUUCCCAAGGAGCCUUCCCACAUGCCCAGUCUUUUUUAGCCCCUUGACCAUGCCAGGUACUGCUUCCAGCCCUGUGGCUUGCUUUAAGAAAAAAAUUAAGUGGUGCAUGAAGAUACAGCACUCAUGUUGGCGUGAGAUAAAGACCAGCCUGUUUGCUCAGACACUAGAGGACGCCAAUGUUAGUCUGCUGCUCCAAUGGGAAGCUGCAAGUGGCUCUGUGGAGGACUUGUUCUACUUGCUCUUUCUUUUUAACCAACAUAAUUUUAACGGAAUAGCAACCCACCCUGGAAUCCUAUGAUGAAAUGUGUGUGGAAAAAAUAUACUUUAAAGUGUGUAUAGAAGUCCCACCGUGUGUUUAUAUAGAACAUGAGGAAGAUGCACAUUGGCUUCAGUUUUUGGCUGACUCUGUUUCCAAAGAAGCAGCUGAUUGUGUUUAAAACUCAUGUGGUCAUUAGUGGAUCUCAGCAGUUGAGCAGGACUCAUCCAUCCACUGAGGCCACCAUCUAAUCUGCUUUUGUGUAUGAAUGCUUAAUAGGGUCAUGUGAUGGCGAAGAGAGUCUUCGACACCUACUCUCCACAUGAGGACGAAGCCAUGGUCCUCUUCCUUAACAUGGUAGCUAGAGGCCGCAUUCUUAUCUUCACAAUUAAGGUAGGUGGGGAGGCUGGAGUUUUGGUUCUUUCUUUUUUUUCUCUGCUCCAUAGAGAUAAAAAGUGCAGAUGUGCUCAGUAGCUUUUUAUUUUCUUUCAAAGUCAUGUGAAAUGAAACGCUUCAAAAUAUUCGGAGUAGGCAGACUUGGACUAACUUUAGCUUUGCAGCUACUGAUUUAUUUACUUUCCUGUGGCUAUAACAUAAUAUGGACUUCUAUUUUAUGCAGUUGCUGUACAUUUACUAUUGUGAAUGGUAUUGUUUUGUAUUCUCUUUACUUAAUGAAUGAUAUGCUGGGUGGUUCACCCAGAGUGGCAAAAAACUAAAGAAAGUCUAAGGCUUAAAUAUAUUUCUUGAUGAAAUAAUUAGGAUUGUAUCCUAAUCAGAGUACACCCACUGAAAAUAAUGGACCUAAGAUAGUUGUGCCCAUUAAUUUCAUUGGACUUUCUCUGAGUAGGACUAGUGUGUGAUGCAACCUCUUAUUCACAAGAUCGUGCUCUGCAGAUGUUCUUGAGCCAAACGAUUAAGUGACUGUGGUGGUACCUACUAACUUGUUCUCAGCUAAGACAACAAAUCCUGUCAUGAGCAAUGGGCUGCUGGAGUUGGCUUCACUUUAUGGUUGCAUCCCUGUUGCUCCUUAGAAACCAGGAGGCAACAAAGGGGAAAAGGAGAGAACACUAAAGGGUUGGCCUAGCUGCCAACAUCUGUCUUGGGUGGCUGAACUAACUAGUUCCAAUUGCAGAAGCUAAGUACUGCUGUUAUUCUUGCAGCACCCAUUUAUGGGUGCUCUUUUAUGCUUUUAUCUUUCUGUUUAAAUAAUACACAGUUUUAAACUAAAAUGGUAAAGUGGUGCUGAGAAUAGGCUCUAAAACUCUGGAAAUUUAUCAAGCACAGAUUUUUGACCUUAACCUUCCCCCCCCCCUUUUUUUUUUGAAGUGACAUUAGUUGUGCCUCUGUGACAAACUCAGAAGGAAAAAAAUUGAUUGUUAUUACAAAAAAUAGAGGGGAAAUUCUAUGUAAUUACAGCCUAGCUUUUCUUCCAUUUUUCAGGAUGAGGGCUCCUUCCACCUUAAAGAUACAGCGAAGAAUCUCCUGAAGAGUUUAGGGAGUCAGAUUGCGGCUUCCCUCAACUGGAGGGACAUGUGGACAUUUGUGGGGAAGAAAGGAGGUCAGAAUCUGGUUUUUUCCCCUGACCCAUAUUCAUGGGAGAAUGUGGGAAAGAAGUUCCUUCUUCUACACCACAAUAAAAGCAGAGGUGUCUCCAUUCCUCCAGUGCCACUUGGUCACCCUAGAUGGGUGCCUUGAGCAGCUGUCCCAGUAGGGCACAGAAAGAGGGCAGGCUUGGCUUGAUUUCCUUGCUGAGGGUCAUGGAUCUUGCAUAGAAAUGGGGAACAUGUAUCCUUCCAGACCUUGAUGGGCUCAGUCCCACCAUCUCUGACCAUAGGCCAGAAGAGCUGGGAGUUGAACAGCAUGUGGAGGCCCAAAGGUUCCCUACCUGUUCUACAAGAUGCAUGUUGUUGCAGCAGCGGCAGCCUAGUGCCAGGUUGUACGAGUGGUAAUUAUAUUCUGCAGACCCUGACAUGCAUUCUUCUCUCUAGGUGAGGUUUAUGGUGAAAAAUACGCCAAGUCCCCAGUGCUUUCCUCUUGGGGAGAGCCUGUCUUGCUGAAGACUGAAGUCCAGCUAACUUCUGUGGAAGGUAUGGCCUGCUGGUUCUUCAUCGCCGUUCCCUGAGCAUCUUCUUAAGGGGGGAGUUGCAGAGGCAAGGGUUGGGAUGACCCAGUGACACCAUGCAUUUAAAGGGUUAUUUGCCCCUCCUCUAAAGCAUCUGUAGUGAGAACCUGGUAGAGGCUUGUCUAGCUCAUAAUUGCCUUUCUGUCUCAAAAUAACCCCCUUUGUUGUACUCUCAGAUGCCGAAUGCCACUGGCCUGACACGGAGCUCAACCGGCGGAGGAAGCGGUUCUGCAGUAAGGUGGAAGGGUAUGGCAGUGUCUGCAGCUGCAAGGACCCCACACCUAUAGAGUUCAAUCCGGACCCAGUGAGUAGGCCUGAGCGAGAGCCCCCUUCUUCCCCAACCUCUUCCAGGAAUGGAAGUUGAUGAGGAAGCACAAAGGCCUUCCUGGGAUCUCCUUAACUAAGCAGCCAGCUGAGAGCUCUGUAAGACUAUGGAUGGAAGUCACCAAGUGACCUGUGAAGACUCUCAAAUAUGUAAAGGCCUACUGCCCAUCAUGCUCUGCCCAGUUCUCAGCCACUUCUUCCGCAUUAUUUCUAAUUCUCAAAGUGAUAUCUCUCAGUUCCUUUUGCUUGCAUAUCUGCGCCUUAAAUCCAGUUCUGCUGGAUCUCUGCCUUUGAUACCAUCGACCAUGAUAUCCUUCUGGGGGAGCUGGGGACACUGUUAUACAGUGGUUCCGCUCCUUCCUCCUGGGCCGUGUUCAGAAAGUCGGGGGGGAUGCGUGUUCAGACCCGUGGGCUCUCACUUGUGGGGUGCCUCAGGGUUCUGUCCUCUCCCCCAUGCUUGUAACAUCUAUAUGAAGCCGCUAGGAGAGAUCAUCGGGGUUUGGGCUGGGUGUUCAUCAGUAUGUGGAUGAUACCCAGCUCUACCUCUUUUAAAUCAGAACCAGUGAAGGCAGUGAAGUUCCUGUGUGAAUGUCUGGAGGUGGUUGGAGGAUGGAGGAUGGAGCUAACAGAUUGAGGUUGAGUCGGGAAAUUUUUAAUGCCUAACGUUUUACAAUUUUUAAUGUGCUGUAUGCUGCCCAGAGUAGCUGGGGAAACCCAGUCAGAUGGGGUAUAAAUAAUAAAAUUAUUAUUUUUAUUUUGACAGCCAAAAAUUAAUCCAAAUUGUGAGGGUCUCUUCCCAGUUCUAGGCUGCUUAAUUUGUAAGGUGGAUUUCAAGAGCAAAUGGGAAGAUUGUUUUUUUGGAAACAGUUGAAGGGUACCCCGCUGAUGGAAGUGCUCUAUUUGGCAUGUCAUAAGAAAAUCUGUACUAUGCUAAUUUAGUUUACCCUUAUAAAUGUUCCAGAGCAAGAAAUUAUAUGGGUGUGAAUAGGAAGAGGGAAUGGGUUUGGGGGACACUUGUGCUUUUCCACUGAAACAUCUGCUUUAAGGAUCUUUCUUCCACUUUUAGCUCAAAGACAACAAAGUUUUUGAUGUUCCCGUUGCUGUCAUUGCAGGAAACAGACCUAACUACCUGUACAGGUGAGUUGAGACUGCCUUGGGCCCAUUGACAGGGCACUUGGCUGGGGUUUCUAAGCACAGCAGUCGGAAAUUGAAAAUUCAGCUUCAGCCCUUGCACAUUUAUUGAUAAGUGUAGAAACCUCAAGUUUCCAAGUUCCUUUAUAAAGACCCAUAUUCCUGGCAUGCAUCUCCAUGUACCCUUUAGCUGGGUGGUGGAAAGGAGAGAGCAAGCACAAAACAAUGAGCCACAGAGCUGACUGCAGAAUAUCCCCUAGGACAGCCUUGUUGGGCUUGGAAUGUGGGAGCCUUGGCUUCUAGCCCUCUUCAAGAGUUGCAAUUAGGGUUGAGUAAAUGCACAGGCAGGAUAACAGGGACAAGCAAACUAGCUCCAUCUCCUCUCUGCCACAACCUUCCAGCUUGUGUAAGUUGAUUAUCUGAUACAGGGAAACUUCUGUACUCAUGGAGGAUCCCUGUUCAUAUUCCUGUUCAGAACCCUGAUGUUCACUGCUUCAGAAUAGUGGUUCUGCCUCAGUGUCUCCCUGUAGGCAGAAAACUAGCAAAUGGGGAGAAAUAUUCCAGCUAGCUUUCUGUGUGCAAGACUUUGGAGAGGGGGAGACGUGCCCUCUUGCUGUGUAACAUUUACUCUUGUUUUUAUUCAGUCAUUUGUUCCUCUAAAUUAUACAACAGGAAAGAUCAUUAAAGAAUUAAAAAAAUGUUCCUUUUUCCCAUAGGAUGCUGCGAUCGCUGCUGUCGGCACAAGGAGUCAAUCCUCAGAUGAUAACAGUCUUCAUUGAUGGAUAUUAUGAGGUGAGUCCCUUCUUCCAUUUCAUCAAGAACUUUGCAUCCUUUCUGAUCACAGAAUAAUGUGCUUUCAAAAAUCCUUCAGGGCUGACCCAGGAAUUGAGCUUGCACCUUCUACAUCCACCUAUUGACAAAAUAUCCCGUCUCGUUCUGUUGAGGUGCUACUGCUGGUUUGCUGAGAUCUUCCUUUCCCCUUCCUGCUCCAUUACUUGAGAGAAGCAAGUGCCUCUUCUAUGCUCCCUGCCCCGCUCCCAGUCCAGUGAGAAAGGCAAAAUGCAGCUGUGGAGCGUCAAGUUGUUGUUUGGGCUGCCUUUUAAAGCUUCUUCUGAAACCCCAGCUGCUCUGGAAUGCAGCAGCCAAAUUAACAUGUGAAGCGUCUGGUUCAUUUCUGGGCACAAUUCACAGUGCUCACAUUAGUUUUUAAAGCCCUAAAUGACAUAGGCCCCAAAUAUCUGAAAGACCGCCCCCUCCCCAUAGACCCUCUUGGAUGUUGAGAUAAGCAAAGGGGGGCCCUUUUGGUCCUUCUGCCACCCUCUUGCUGAAACCCAUCCUGGGACCUUACUGUGAAAGACGGGUAAGAAAACUAAUGAAAAUAACUUGAGGUGCCAACUUUACCUGGGGAAUAAGCUGCGCUAGGAGUUCACUGGAACUUACUAGGGAGUAAAUGACAGAGGAGUGCAAUUACUGCAAUUACAUCAGACAGCUUGAGGUAAACCUUCACCUUAACUUCUUCCUGCUGCUUCUCGUGAAUGCUGAUCAUAGACUCUGGCGUACUAAAAGCACUUGGGAACCUUUCUUUCAUUUCAAGGGCAAUAAACACCGGUUGUCUUCCUGUACCUUUCUGGUAGCAAUACCUUAUCGAUCUUUGAAGUCUGUUGUGCUCCUCUUUAAGGAGUCAAAAAUAUGUCUAGCCAUGCUUGCCUUGCCCUGAUAAAAAGGAACCAGGGUUAUGGGAGUGUGAAUCUCAUAUGUUUCCUUUCCUUUCCAGGAGCCAAUGGAUGUGGUGGAACUAUUUGGCCUGAAGGGAAUCCAGCACACACCCAUCAGCAUCAAAAAUGCCCGAGUCUCCCAGGUGAGGGACCCGUUUUUCUCUUCUCCCCUUGGAAACCAUGCCCAUGCAUUGGGGCAGCCAUCUUGCUUGCCUACGAGCCCCAUUACAAAUGAUUGCCCUGAGUAACCAUGCUUGGCAGCUGUGAAGCAACUGGACCACACAGAACUUUUAGCUCAAGUGUACCAGUCUUUGUUCUCCAGCAAUGUGCCUGUGUCUGGGACUGAGCUUAAAAAACCAACCUGGUGUGACUCCAGAUGAAAGUUGCAUGAAACUCCUGCUGCUAUGCCUAAGUAUAAUAUAGGUGACCUGCUCUCUGGCUGAGGUUAACACCCUAGAUGGACCACACUUGUCAGGCAGGGAUAGAGACAUAUGACUUCUGUAAAGUGGUAUUUCAGUAGCAAGUCCAAGUCACUGAUCUGAAUCAGUCAAAUUCUGAAUAGUGUUGUAACAGAUGGCAUUGUUUUCUUCUCACAGCACUACAAGGCCAGCUUGACAGCAACAUUCAACUUGCACCCGGUAUGUGAUCUCCACCACAUUUCCCCACUUUCCCCUUCUGAGAGUGACUUAGAAAAUUCUACCUUUGAUUAUAUCCUUGUAUGCAAUCACUGGGGAGGAUAUUCUGUCCUGAAUAAAUGAUUCUAAUGAUCACCUGUCAUAGAACGUGAUGUAGCAGAGGCUUUUUUAGUUCAGCAUGCAGUUAACAAACAUGCACAGUGACAUAACUGUCUCUUAUAUAGUACUUGUGGAGGGGGUGGUACCUUCAUGCACUGAUCAAGUUGACAUAGUUCUGAAACUGAACUGUUGCUGGGACCACCUGGUCCCCCAAAAUUCCUGCAUCCCUUGGGUGAGAAUGUUGCUUCUGAACUUUGUAUUUCAUUGGUCUUGCUCACCACCUUCACUUUUCUCUUUGUGCUCCACCUUUUCUGUAGGAUGCCAAAUUUGCCGUGGUUCUAGAAGAGGACUUGGACAUCUCCAUUGACUUCUUCAGGUAUUAUCUGAACCCAUCAAUGAGCCCUAGCUGGGUCCUGAUGUCUUUGCUCAUUCUGACCAAAGUCACUUUGGAUCAACUUGCUGCAUGACUUAGAGAACACAACACCAUUGUAAAGGGAGUAUGAGACUGGUUUCACAAGCCAGCCCAUCAGGAAGGAUUCUGAAGGGCUGGAAACUAGCCGUAAUUCAGACCAUCCCUUUAUGUCAACCUCUCCAGAAAUGUGUGCAUUAGAUUAAAGGGUAAGGUAUAAAAUAAAUAAAACCCUUGUGGUCAUACUUAGUAUUUACUCAGAUCGACCCAUUCCUUGCCUGACUUGCAAAUCAAAACUUUGUUCCAUGUGUAAAAUAAUUUCACUGACCUUAGGUUGAUCAAUGAUCAAAAAACCUCUUUCGUCAACCUGAUUAAGGUUGGCUUAAACAAUGUUUCUUCUAACUGUUUUUGAAUUGUUGUCUUUUGAUGUAUAGCUUUCUAAGCCAGUCCAUCAAUCUGCUGGAGGAAGACGACAGCUUGUACUGCAUCUCUGCCUGGAAUGACCAGGUGGGUCUUGCUUUUGAUUCUUCAUUGCACUUUCCUGCCUCUUCCCUUUUUUUUGUAUCACCCUCCUGUGAUCAACAUACUUCUUCCUUCCCUCCCGCCACCUCAAAUAAGAAUGAAGGACUUCAUGAUAUGCUCUUGUUACGGAAGUUUGCUUAGGUGCUUCUCUUUUUGGACAAUUAGGGUUAUGAGCACACAGCGGAGGAUCCCUCACUCCUGUACCGUGUGGAGACCAUGCCAGGCCUGGGCUGGGUGUUGAGGAAGACUCUCUACAAGGAUGAGCUGGAGCCCAAAUGGCCAACACCAGAGAAGGUCAGUGUCCUCUCGGUUUGUCUUUCCUUGUAGAACAAGGCCUUCUCUUUCUAUUGCCAAGUGGCUAACCUUUGCAAUAGCCAUAAAUACUAGAGAUAUCCCUUCGUAAGAGCAUCAGGGCUGUAGACCUUCAGUUUUUAUCAGCCUUUUAAAAUAUUUUUAAAGGGCAAGAUAUACUUUUCCACAUUUUCUAACUUUUAAUAUGGAAAUAAAGUAGAAUGUCCCCCAAAAUGCUGUUAAAAUUUGUAAAGUUGAACAAAUGGAGCAGGUAGGGAAAUGAUCAGUACUGAAAUGUUUGGAAUUUUUGGAACCUAGACAACUGUCAAAUCCCCUGACCAUGUGACUAGCUCCUUUCCAAGAAGCCCUUUCCCACAAUGGGCUCGACUCCUUUGUGCUCUCUUCCCUCCAGCUCUGGGACUGGGACAUGUGGAUGCGGAUGCCAGAACAGCGGAAAGGCCGCGAAUGCCUCAUUCCGGACGUGUCGCGCUCCUACCAUUUUGGCAUCGUUGGCCUCAACAUGAACGGCUACUUCCAUGUGAGUGUCAACCUGCACAGAGAAGCAUCAGGCAAUGUGUGCUUCUGCCUAGGGAACCCUCUUGCUGGCUGCCUUCUGCUUCCACAUCCACUGGUUGUGGUCUCUGCUCGCUUCCCCUUCUUUGUUCUUCUCAAGGAGGUCAUGACAUGUGUGUUACUCGCUGAGAAGGACGGUUGGAGCAGUCUGCAUUUCCCCAGCUGCAGUUCAGCCUUGGAGAAAGAAGCUGCUUCUUUUCAUCAUCUGUGCAUAUUGACCUCCCAUGCACCUAUGCAAGCAUUUGUAGGCCAUGAGAACUCAGCAAAAGCUUCAUGUGCAGAGGAGGUCUGUCAUAGGAACAUAGGACUGAUUCAGACCAUGGGUCUCUCUAGCUCAGUGUUGUCUACACUGAUUGGCACAUGCUCUACCACUGAGCGAUGACUCCCAUCCUUGGAACCAAUAGGAGAAGGCUGAGCCUUCAUGCCUAGCUUGGCAGCCUCAAGAGAACUCAGGGGUCGCCACUUUCAAGAAACAGAGUGUAGGGCAGAGGUCCCCAAGCUAAGGCCUGUGGUCCGGAUAAGGCCCGAGGGACUCGUUUAUCCGGCCUGCAGCAAUGCCUGCUGCUGACACCUGCUCUUACCGGCUCUGUUCUGCACGUCUACCCACUUCCGGGUCGGAGGAGCACCGGAAAUAGCUUGUGCACGUGCACAAGCAUUAUUUCCUGUGCACAUCCUGGUCGGAGGAGACCCGUGCACAUGCACACAAGCUAUUUCCGAUGCUCCUCCGACCCGAAAGUGUGCUGGAAAUAGUGUGUGCGCACGCAUAUGGGCACCCACUCUCCCACCCUCCGGCCCGCCACGCGAUCAGCACUGGAGACACCAGCUCGAGGCGCAGUAAGUUUGCUGACCCCUGGUGCAGGGCUAGAUCAUCUUUCAUCUGAGCCAGUACAGGAGUUCUAUUCGAGUCCUGUUCUUAUGUUGAAAGCACAGAGCUAUCAUCAUGUGAGGCAUGAGAGGAAGUUGCACUCUCUGCAUCUUUGGGAGGAUGUCUGCAGCAGGACUGCCUGCCAGUACAAAGGGGCUAUCCCAGCAAGCGGGAACCCUGAGCGCUCGGGGUUUCAUCUCAUGGGGACCACCUGCUUGGCUUUGGGAGGCUGCCCUGCUGCAGACAUCCUCCCAAGGCUGUGGACAAUGCUGGGGAGGGGAGACUGCGCCUGGCCCUGCUCUGUGAUAAUUGUGUGUCCUAAAUGCCCACAUAGGGCAAAUGGCUUGUGUCCAAAUAAUUUUUCCUGAAAGUCAAUUCAUGGAAAAUAAUGGAACCUCAGUUAGUCAAUGUGGUGACUCUGCUCUGAGUAGGUCUAGCAUUGGAUACAACUCUUAUGUGUUCUUAUGUCAAUUUGUAUGCUAGCUCCCAAGUUGCCAGGCUAGUCCAGUGACUCAAAAUGAACUGAUGCCUCCUGUUUAUUCACUUAACACAGCUGCUUUGACUACUCCCUGUGACCAUUCCCAUGCAACAAAUCAUUUAUGGAUAGUUGUCUGCCAUGGUGCAGUGUGUUUUUUGAUGUGGAGACUCAGUAUCUGUGCAUCAAGCUAGAUUCCCUCCCGAGUGUGCUCCAGGGAUAUGUGGAAAUAAGGGGUUAUACGUACAUGAAAGGUGACUGAUGACCCCUAAAUAUGUGUUUGCCUCUUGGUUUUUCUAGGAAGCCUAUUUCAAAAAGCACAAGUUCAACACUGUCCCCAGCGUCCAAAUAAAAAAUGUGGAGAGGUGAGUGCAGUAUGUCCAGCCUCUGCAGAAUGAGCCCUAAUAUACCCUGGGGCACCUGGGACUGACUUUCUGAGCCAGGCUUAGGGCUUCCUGGCUUAUGUACCUCUCCAGCUGAGACUCACUGCUUUAACUGCACCAGAAUGCCCUAAAAGUUGGUAAUAACAUGUUGCCUCUUUUGUGGGUGGCCUUUAAAAAUCAUAGAGUGGUAGUCAGCUAAGCUUUACUCAGAGUAGAUGGAUUGAAAUCAAUGAAGAUUGCUAAGGUAGGCCUAUUAGUUCCAGUAGGUGUACUCUGAGUAAAACUUACUUGACUAUUACUUCUAGGAGAUUAAUACUAGCAGGAAGGUGGUUUCUUCAUAAAUAGAAAAAAACACACAUUUGUUUUCCUGUCCAGCUGAUGAGUUGUGUUUCCUGGGGUAUACUAUCUUUUUCCCCAUUUUCUAGUUUUUACCCCAACCCACGUCAGUGUUCCUGCAAUAGGGUCCAAAAGCUGAUGGCUAUCCUAGAAUGUCUUUCAUAGUAGCAAAGGUGGACUGUGGAAUUAAAUAGUGGUUUUAUUGCAGUGGAUUUACUAAGCAGGAUGCUGACACCCAACAAACCGCCUCUAAGGUGUUAAGCAUCAAUAUUUCUCUUCUCCCCCCACCCCCCUCUGACUGACUGUCUUUAUCUUUCCAUCGCCCAGCUUAAGGAAAGAUGCAUAUGAAAUUGAAAUCCACCGGCUGCUCAGGUAACUUGAAUGCUAGGAAAUCGGACACAUGUUGAUGGUAAAUGAUGAUAUUUUGCAAAGUUUUAAAGAGUGUGUGUGUAGGAACUGUUUCAUGUUGGAGAUGAAUGCUUGUUUGUCUGUUGUUGGGGAGGGUAUUAUGUUUUUAUUCAGUUUUACAGAAGCAAGCAUCAAAAUUAUGCUGAUACAUCUAUACAGCUCUUAGAGUUGUUUGGAUCACGGGCAGGCUGUGUCUGCUGUCGUUGCGUGGAUUGAUUUUGCUAGCAUGCCAUGCCUACAAGAGAGGUAUUCUAGUGUCCCCAUUUGUGGAAGGUGUGGCAUCUUGUGUAUGGGCUGCAGCAACAACUGUAAGAGGAAAAACAAUAAGUGGUAGCCAGGAAUUUUGCACAAUUGGAUCAUAAGGUUAUCAGUUAAUCUCUGAAGUGGGUGGGUGGAUUUUAACCAAUGUCAUUGUGAAGGGCUGGAAGCGUCCCAUCUAAUACGCGAAGGGGAAGGGUGCCAAAGAACAAUGUAGUCACUUUGAAUGUUUUGUCUGAUGUAUGACUACAAAGCUUCAACAAUAGGAGCAAUGUGAGCCCUUCCCACAAACUUACGGCCUUUUCUUUUUUACUUUUCCCUACAGACUAAUUGGCAUUUUUUAAAAAAUUGCUGGAAACCCCUGUGUGUGUUCAUACAUGUGUGUCUUACGGCUUUUAUCUCUUCACUUUUUUGCCUGUCCUCACGGUCUCGGAUUUAUUUUAAUUCCUCCUUCAGUGAGGCAGAAGUUCUGGAUCACAGCAAGAACCCCUGUGAGGAUUCCUUUGUACCUGACACUGAAGGGAAGAUCUACGUUAUGUACAUCAAGAUGGAGCAGGAGGCAGAUUUCACCACCUGGACUCAGCUUGCAAAGGUAACUUCCAACUUUUUUGCCUGCCCAGCCUGUGACAUAAGAUGGACAGGGUGGGGUUUCUGUAGGCCUCUAAAUCCAAAGCCAGUGCAGAACGGGAAUUGGAAGGCAACCCAUUGACUUAGAUUCUGGAGCUUCCAUCACAUGGCUGAUUCAACCUUGAUGGCAUGUUGCUUGUAUGAUGUCCUCUCUCCACUGUCCUUAGUGCCUCCACAUCUGGGAUCUAGAUGUCCGUGGGAACCAUAAAGGACUGUGGCGCCUCUUCCGGAAGAAGAACCACUUCCUGGUAGUGGGAGUGCCUGCCUCUCCUUAUUCGUAAGUUUCCUUCAUGGGCAGGGGAAACUCCCCCUGGUCCCCAUGUUAGUGCCAGGCUGCUUAGUCUCUGCAUGUUUCUCCCAGCAUUUCCCCAGCUAGCAAUCAAAUCAGAUCCUGCUCCCCAAGCAAGCUACAGUAGUUGAGCCUGUCCAGUCACAUGUUUUAAAGAACACCAAGGUUGCAGGUUCGAUCCCUGUAUGGGACAGCUGCACAUUCCUGCAUUGCAGAGGGUUGCACUAGAUGAUCCUCAGGAUCCCUUCCAAUUCUAUAAUUCUAUGUCUUCAUAACUUGCUGCUGCUGAUGCCACCUGGCGCUUGGAACAAAAAUUGCAAGGAACUUGGAAAGAAGCAGAGGCAACGCCAUUCUUCGCCACGGUUGCUUGGUGGCUAUGUGCACCAGGUAGCUGCACCAGAAGGGCUGCAAGAAUAGCUGACUCAGAUUUUGGGAGACCAUAGCAAGGUGACUGAGAAGGGAUUGGAGGCAGCUCCAAUCCCUUGGGGGGCGUGUAUUGUGUGUAGUCAUGAAGCAGACAUGAAAGGCCAGAAUUCCUCUCCAGGCAAUUAUUAAGAGGGGAGGCCUUGACUCAGUGGCAGAGCACGUGCUUUGCUCACAGACAAUCCCUAGCAUCUCCAUCUAUAGAAAGGAUUAAGUCAGGCUUCCUCAACCUCAGCCCUCCAGAUGUUUUUGGCCUACAACUCUCAAGAUCCCUAGCUAGCAGGACCAGUGGUCAGGGGUGAAGGGAAUUGUAGUCUCAAAACAUCUGGAGGGCCAAGGUUGAGGAAGCCUGGAUUAAGUGGAAUGGGGAUGCCUGAAGCCUAGCAAUGCUGCCUCCAGAUGGACAACACUGGCCUAGAUGGACAAAUGGGCUUAUCUGGUGCAAGGCAGCUUCUUAUUUUCCUCUCCAUGCUGCCCUCUCUGGCACGAGACACUUCUUUAGCUCCCCCACCCCUUUCCCUUUUUCGUAGCCAGCUCUUUUUUUCUCCUUCUCCUCCUAGAUCCAAGAAACCCUCCUCAGUGACCCCCAUUUACAUGGAGCCCCAAGCCAAGGAUGAAGCGGUGGGAGCCGUGGGAGCAGGAGCGGAGCAAACUUGA